CCCGCGUGCUUGCGUGCCCGCGUGCGUACGGUGGGCCCGUGGCUGCGCCCACCCCGGAAAUGGGGGGCGUCAGCGUCUGUGCGCGCGGCGCGGUUCCCGCCAGCGCGCCUGUCACCCGGCAGCGGUGCCGGGUCCCCGAGGCGGGCGACUGUCCUGUGCAGUGGCCGCAGCCGGGCCGGCCCAGCGCGCCCGCGACGCGCCCCGCCCGCAGGCAGCGGGGACCCGCCGCGUCCGCCGACCGUACCCCCGGGCGGGAGGUUCCCGGGCUCCGCGGCUGGGCGCACGCGCCGGGGGCCCAGGCUGCACCUUCCUGUCCCCUCCACCGCCCUGGUCCCCGCCCGCCGUCUUUCCGCGUGCGUGCCCCGGCGAUGCGCUGGUCCACACGCAGCAGCCGCCCGCAGUCCUGCCCUCCCGCCUCCCGCUCGGCCCCCGGGCUGUGACCUCACGCGGGCCCCCCGACCCCCGGCCCUGCGGGGCUCAGCUGCUUGUCGGCGGCUCCCCUGCCGGUGGGGCCCGCCCAGGAGUCCACUGAGGGGAACGGACUGUGGGGCCCCCCGAUCCUUCCCGCGUGGAGCGUGAGGGGUGGUGUGGUUUUCUCCUGUUGGGCGCGGGGGCUGCUGGGCUGUCACAUCACCAUGGCGCCUGUGGGAUGGGUUUCUGUGCUGCGGGGGAGGCAUCGUGGGGUCCCUGGCCCAGCCGGGGGAGGACAGUCCCGCUGCCGCGACGAGCAGAACCAGCCCUGAGUGGGCCGGAAGGUGAAGACGCCCAGACAAGUGGAAGAGUGUUUUCUCCUCUGGCCGCCAGGCAGGCACCCUCUGCACCAAGAGCGCGUGAGGCCCUGGGAGCUCUGGGAGAUGAAGUUCGGCUGCCUGUCCUUCCGGCAGCCCUACGCGGGUUUCGUCUUAAAUGGGGUGAAGACCCUGGAGACGCGGUGGCGGCCGGUGCUCAGCGGCCACCGGCACCGCACCCUGGCGGUGCACGUCGCGCGCCGGGACUGGGAGGACGCGGCCUGGAGGGAGCUGCUGGUGGAGAGGCUGGGGAUGAGCCCCGCUCACGUGCAGGCCUUGCUGCGGGACGGGGAGAAGUUCGGCCGCGGCGUGGUAGCCGGGCUGGUUGACAUCGGGGACACCCUGCUGUGCCCAGAGAACUUAGGUCCCGACGAGGUUGCGGAGCUGGAGAAUCAGGCCGUGCUGCCCAGCCUGCAGCACAAGUACCUGACGGCGCUCACCAACCCGCGCUGGCUGCGGCAGCCGGUGCCCGCGAGAGGCGGGAAGGACGUCUUCCAGGUGGACAUCCCCGAGCACCUGAUCCCCUUGGGGCAGGAGGUCUGACCGGACUGGACUCUUGAGAGGAAGGGGACCGAGAGGCUCGCUCAUCGCGACAGGGACACCGUCCACUCGCCUUCUCGCCCCACACGUGCACGUCUGCUCAGGGCCGAGUUGGCCCUGCCCUGGGCAGUGCUGCCCGCGCCGUGCUGUUCACGGAAGCAGGUGGGCCCGCCUGGUGCGGGGCCGGGGGGCCGGGGCCCUCCUCGUGCGGCGCCGCUGUGGGCUCAAGGACAGAGCCUUGAGGACUUUGACCUUUGGGAAAAGAGGGCGUCGCCGCGCGCCUUGGCCCUGCUGAUUCUGGGUGGUUGAAAGAAAUGUGUGUCGAGAGGACUGUGUUUUCCCCUCCUUGUUCUGGUCAAAACUCCCAGGUGUUUGCCCGCAUCGGGGGACGACGGGGGAAGGCCAGGGGCGGGCCUCGUGCAGGCGGGAGAGGCCCACGGGCCCAGAAUCGGGGCGCGGUCUGUCCUGGCAGGUGACCCUUGCCCUGUUGUAAAGUGUCCCUUGGCCCUGGAAGCGUGUGUGUUAGACGCGCUGCCCGGCCGCGUCUCGUCCAAAGACGGGCUCCUAAACACAGCUCUGAGGGCAAAGCGGCAACAAGGGCUGGUGUUCACUUUGUGGAAACCUUUUACUUGUCUGUGGGCUUGGGGGUCAUUUGUUAGCACG